AUGGCCAACACUUCAUGAAAUUUUCCCUUUUUUCGUGAUCUGCUCGUACAAAGUACACCUUUUAUCAACUAUUGUCUGAAAGGACAGUGACGUAUAAUCAAGAACAAUGAAUGCUGAUGUGGAAUUUCACAUCAGGCACAAUUAUCCUUGGAGUAAAUUGCCUACAAACAUAAAACAGAGUCUUGGUAAUUCGCAGAGAGAAUAUGAGAAGUCAGUUGUCAACUUUAGUGUGAAAAACCAGCUUCGAUACAAGGAUAAUCUUGUGCGUUAUGUACGGAAAGAUGAGAAGAGAUACUAUGAAGAGCUGCUGCAGUAUAGUCGUGAACAUCUCAUGCUUUACCCCUACCACCUCUCGGAUGUCAUGGUUAAAGGCUUGAGGAUAACACCAUUUGCUUACUAUGUCAGCAUCAUGACCGAUAUCAUGUCCCAGGAGAAAAGUUAUGACUCGCUACCAAACUUCACAGCGGCAGAUUGUCUCCGCCUUAUGGGAAUUGGAAGAAACCAGUAUAUCGAUCUUAUGAAUCAAUGCCGAUCAACCAAGGACUCAUAUUUCCAAAGUUAUGUUAAACCUCCUAAAUUCUUCCGACGGAAGCCUGUCAAGGAUCUCUUACCUGCUCAGCCCAUUGAGCACAUCAUGAUUGAACCCUGGUGGGUCGUCCAGGCCGGUUACAUCACUGAAGACGACAUCAAGGUCUGCAGUGUUCCGGAGAAAAACACCAUCGAUAAGAUCAUUGACAGUGGGCCGCAGAAUGGUGGACUCCUGGACAGUAAGGUUAUACUGUGUCUGUACAGACGAGGCUUGGUGUACCUUGAUGUGCCCAUUGCCGAUGAUGACUGUAUAAUAGUUCCUCCCCUAGAAGGCUUUGUCAUGAACAGAGUGUUGGGUGAUUACUUCGAGACGCUACUCUACAAGAUAUUUGUUUCGAUAGAUGAACACACAACAGUGGCAGAGCUUGCCAGUGUCUUGCAGAUAGACCUACCCCUUGUCAAGAAUGCAGUGUCGAUGUACUGUCGGCUUGGAUUUGCAAGGGUCAAAGGUCAAGAAUUCAACACUGAUGAUUGGCACCCUUCAUGGCACCAAAUUGGCGGACCGAAAGCUACGAGUCAGGAGGACAAGCUGCUCAUAGACUGGAGUACCACCAUAGAUGUUCCCCUGGAGGCUCCCUCCAACACGCCAGACACGGUCAGCCUGAAUGAAGCUUCCCUCUCGGAUGCUUCCAGUCUCACUCAUGUUAGCUACACAAAGAGGAUAGCAUUUCUCUUCGAUUCGACGCUCACUGCAUUUCUUAUGAUGGGCAAUUUGUCACCGGGUUUAAAAAGUCAUGCAGUGACCAUGUUUGAAGUUGGCAAGCUCAGUGAUGAAUCCCUGGACAGCUUCCUGACAGAAUUGGAAAAGGUUGACACAAUAGCGGAGGGAGAAGCCCAGAGAUACUUUGAUCAUGCCAUUACGUUACGUGAUACGAUACGUUUCCUGCGAUACAACAAAGACCUCUACCCUGAUCAAGAGUAUUGCGGUACUGGACUAGGUGUGGACCUCCUCAGAUGUGAGAGCUUGCUUGGUUUGGACCCUGGCACAUGUACUCGAGUGCUCAAUAAGAAUUACAAUCUAAUCAUUUCCAUGGCUCCUCUGAGUAAUGAGAUUCGACCCAUCAGCAGUUGUACUCCUCAACAUAUUGGACCUGCCAUUCCUGAAGUCAACUCUGUGUGGUUCAAGUUAUUCAUCUACCAUUUGACUGGUUGUGGACCACCAUCUCUCCUCCUCAUGAAGGGAACAAGGUUGAGGAGACUGCCGGAAAUGUUCCAGGAGUAUGACCGACUGCUCAUCACCACAUGGGGCCAUGAUCCAGGAAUCAUUCCAACUUCAAACAUUCUACUUACACUCAACGACGCUCUUUCACAUUCUGCUCUACUCAUUCAGGCUCAUGGAUGGCAGAGUGAUGGGGAGACAAUCCAUGUACCAUUCCCUCUUCAAGCUAAAGAUGAGAAUGAUACCAAAGUCAAUCACGGUGCAAUUCAGAAACUUAGUCAAUCUCUGGACCUCAAAAACACAUGUGGAUUUGUGACGCUCCUAAAAACAGGCAAACCGGGCCAAUGGGCUGCUGCGCUUGAAAAACCUGAACCCAGCCCAGCAGCCAGUACACCUAGUCUUAUCAACUCCGUGGAGCACGAUAGCCCAGUUAAUGGAAUAAAAGACACAAUAUCUGCGGAAAUGUUAGCAUCUGAGGUUGAUAGUUUGGCAACACCUAAACGAACAAAAGCACAACCACCAUUGUCGCUGGCUAUUGAUGAUCAUAAUAAUAGUAUGGAUAUAAUCAAACAGGAAGAUCAGGACACUUAUGAGCAGAUUGUUGCUCAGGAUUGGGUUUUACUCAAUUGUUGUUUUGGAAUUCCGUUGUUUGACGCCGAUGUGAAUAAAGAAGUCUGUGAGCGUGUGGCGGCCCAUAAUCUUUGUAGUAAAAAUAGUCUUCAGUCACUGUUGUACUCCAGCCGAAUGCUGUCAUUACGGUUACUAACUUUCAUAGCUGAUCACCAGGAUCUGACGCUCACCUCCGAGCACAGCAUAGACAACAUGCUCCAAGCUAGUCCGUCAAACCCAGAACAGAACGUUCCACUUCCGACUCGCAAUCUGUGCUUUCUCGAUGGCAAACUAGAACCAUGGCUAAAGUGUUAGGGUGAAAUUGGGACAAUCGAUACCAGGCACUCUGUCAUUGCAUUUAGCUGCUGCAGGGAAGCAAAUUGGGCCAAGAUAUGUACAAGACCAGGUGCUUAUUUCAUGUGUUAAUGUAUGCCGUGACUUGGUAACAGCCAUUAGUGAGAGCUGAAGUUAUGUCUUUAGAAAGACUACAUUUGACAGUUGGCAUCCAGGCAGUCCAUGUAUGCAUUAGUUGUCCAGCUUAUUAUGUUGACAAAGAGUAAUGAGAGCCGUUGUUUGAUUUAUCUCAGCCAUUUUGAAUACAAGAUGAAUGCUGAAUGUUGUCUAUUUGGAUCAUGUUAGAAAUAUUCUAGGCCCAACUUGAUUACCUGCAGUCGUAAACGCAGUGUCUAUGUACUCUUCAGUUUAAAGCAUGUUACUCUUGUUGAGUAUUUCUGUUGUCCUCUUGCUUAACACAGGCUCUUGGAAACAACAGACUUGAUAACUUGAUCGAAUGCUGGAGACAUGUGAAAUGUUCGCAAAGCUCAAAAUUGGCAAAUUGGCUUCAGUGAGCGAUGGACUAAAUACUGCAUUUCCUGUUGAGACUUCACGCUUUUAUUGUAAUAAAGCCACCCUUACAUGUAUGUUACGAAUAGCUACGAGUGGGUGCUUAGUCUGACCUUUGAUUUAAAUACUAUUUCCAUGGUGCCAUUUCCCACAGCCACCGUGUAGACACUAGAAAUCUCCACAUGCACAGUAGCUGUUGGAAAAAUUGAAAUGAUAAUUUGGGUACAUGUCUUGAGAAAUGCAGUCUUGACCAGGUGUUUCAGUACUUGUAUUGGAUAUCAAACUCCUCGAAUGAUGAAGUUCUCAGUUUCUUUGACGAUAAACAGAGCAGUAUGCUACCAAGAAUGUGUUUCUUCUAAUUUGGUAUCACAAUUUUUAGUUUUGCUAUUGUGUACAAAUUAAUGUUCAUACUAUUAAUUCGUUAUGAUUGUAUUAAUUUCUUUAUGUACAUUCUUUAUUUUUAUUGUAUGUGCUGCAUUAUGUACAUAUCGUUAAUCUAUUUAUUGUUACAGAGCAUUUCAUUGCACUUGGUGCACCAUGUAACACUUAAGGAUCAAAGUUUUUCUGAAAUCCUUGUUCUGGGGUGUAAGCGGUUUUAAAUCUGUCUGAGCAUGAAAAUACAGCAUAACCCCUUAAUACGGAGGUGUCCUGAUUAGAGAGGUCAAAUUGAUUGGAAACUGCCAAUUUGCGACUAAAACUACUGUUGUUAAUAGAGAGGUGUCUGCUAAGGGAGGUUCCACUAUGAUAUUAUUAAUGCUCCGAGUAUAGUGAUAUAUUGUAUUUUGAGAGCCAAGGGUAAACAGGACAUAUAUUACACAGUAUGCGUGGGGAGAAUUUGAACGUAAAUCGUGUGAUCUGUUGUCAAGAAUCUGGUGAUAACAUUUGUAAACUUGUACACAGGCAUGUAUGAUGGAGAUAUUUUAGUUAAUAAUCAAUCAAUGUGCUGGAAUAAACUAUAUCUUGCU